AUGCCCUGUUCUCCGAUCAUCAAGGACAGUACUCGGGUACUACUAUUAAACCAUCGUCCUCACCAAGUUUUGAAAGCAUCAAACGCUCCGAACAUCGAAGACAAAAUAACCACAGCCAUGUCUUCAUGCACCCACAAAACCACCUUCUUCCAGGUAUGUGGUCACACCACGAACGAGGAGCGACACGUCGCCAGCUGUGCUGGUCGAUGCCAUGGACCCGAAACACGCAGCGAGACCUCAAGAGGCAUCUGCAUCGCUUGCUACGAAGGACGCCCGCCUCAACAGCAGCCUCCACCCCCGCAAUCCGGCCACAGAACCGACUCUCGACCCGCUCCUGUGCGAGGAAUGGGCGGGCAGAACGCUGCGGCUGAGAGGCGGCGCCAGGACGAAGAAGAGCAGGCUGUGAGAGAUCGCCUGGCUUACAUGGCUGCGAGACCUCCUCGUCAGGAAACCGGGCAGCAAGCAAGCGAAAGACAAAGAAGAGCUGAUGCUGCCGCCCGGAGAGAGCAGGGCGAGGAGGUCAUGAUUCCAAGACAGCAGAACGUGCAACAAGAGCCUCCCAGGCAGGAACCUCCGAGACAACAAGCCCGUCCCUCGGCCCCCCGAAGCCAGGCCUGGCGAACCCAGCUGCACAACCUCCAAGAUCCGAGCUGUCCUCUCUUUGAGAGGGUAGAUGGGGACAACACAGAUUGCUGCGUCUGCCUCCUAGAGCUGGAGCCAGGACAGGAUGUUGCGCAACUUCCCUGCGGAUCAGGCUCUGACGGGCAGCAUCGCGGACACAGAUCUUGUCUCGUGCACUGGCUUCAAACUAACCCAACAUGCCCACAGUGUAGGCAGAGAUUCAACAUCGCCGUCGACCGUAACAGACCUCAGAGAAGGCCUUCCACCCCGGAAUUCAGCGAUCCCGAGGCACCCGUGGGACGGCUGGAUGGACCGUUUGAUGGACUGAGUCACCAGCCUGAUCCCUUGGCCCACCCCUUUGGCAACUGGAACCCUUUCACUGAUCCGCAGGGUCUGACGUUCGAGCCCAGACUCGCUCGUGCCUUCUUUCCGCCAUUCGUCCCUCGGACUGGUGGUGCACUCGGAGACAGCUUCUAUGGCCAGCCCCAACAGCCUGCUGGUGGAAACUAUCUCGAUCAUCAAAGAGACAUGCAACAACAAAGCCAGCGAGAAGAAGAACAGCGAGAGAGAGAUCGCCGUCGCGAAGCUGAGAGACAAGCAGAAAUCUGGCAACAAGCUCAGCAACGCGUCCACAGACCCCGACCUGUCGGCGGCCUCGGAAGUCGUUAUGAAGAAGAACGAGCGCGAUAUGACCCCACACUCUUCCUCAAUGAUCGUAACCCUUUAUUCUCUAAUCCUCGACUAGGUGAAGAAGGGAGAGAAAUUGACCGCAGACGAGCCGAACAGCGUGCGGCGGAGCGUGAACAACAAGAGCGAAACGCGAGAGAAGAAGCCGACCGGGAAGCCCGCGAGCGUUCUGAACGCACCCGACGCGAGAUCUCAGGGCUCCGAUCCGAGGUAGCGGCCUGGGAAUCUCGACGGGAGAGAGAAUUCGACCAGGGGGUCGGUGAACUGACUGACUGGAGUACCAACCUGGUCCAGCGCAACCGCGUCGCCAACAGCCGUGAGACUGAAGCUGAGGAGGAGUUCCGCACCCCGGACCGAAGAGAGCAUGGUAGCGAGCGCAGACUUCGGGAGGCAAGGCUCAAUCUUGCGCGCAUCCAGGUGAGGAAUGAGAGGAGUCGUAUUGAGAGGGACUUUGACGAGGUUCUACGACGCCGAGAUGACCUCGAUCGCUUCAGAGGACCUUACUAG